UACGAGACAAACAAAAUAAAUACAGCGCGAAACCAUUUAAUUAUACGCUACUCGAUUAAAAUUAAUUUAUUAAAAAAUUACUCCAAAAAUGUCUUCAUCUUUUUACUUCUUCGUAUAAUCAAAUAAUCAAUCAAACUCCACCGAAAAAACAAAUCCAAAAAAUAGAUGCAACAAAGUCUUUUUUUUUCUGCAAUUGGAAUCUCAUUCACUCUCUCUCUCCUCCAAAAAGCAGCUCCUUCUCUUCCGCUUUCUCUCUCUACAGUCCUCUCAAGUGGCGAAGGUAUAUAUAUCUGCCUAAUAAGCGGUGUUGUGGUGAAAGUUUGUUGUGGCCCGAUAGUUUUGAAUUCGACGUGAAGUUCAUUGUCAUUGCUCUUUUAAACGUCAUUCUGUUGAUUGAGGAAAGGUAUUGAGGAAAGCUUUUGUUGAAGUUUGGUUUUUAUGUUGCUUUGGUUGUUAUUUUUGGUUGCUUUGGUGUAUUGCAUUUGGAGAAGUGGAGUAGUUCAAGUACAAAUGGGAAAUAGAAGUUCAUCGAGGAGGAGGUCAGUGUCUUCAUACGAGCGGACUCCUAGCCAAAGCCAUGGGUUUCCACCGCCUUCUCCGUAUGUGUCUCAGCCAGGUUACGCUCCACAAACACCUUAUACAUCUCAUUCUCAGCAUCCUCCAUAUGCGCCUUCACCGUUGCCUAGUUAUGCUCCCCCUCCUCCAACUACUACACGUCCUAAGAAGACGUUAGAAAGAAAGUAUUCGAGGAUUGCAGAUAACUAUCGCACCUUGGAUGAGGUUACUGCAGCACUUGCACAUGCAGGGCUUGAGUCAUCCAAUUUGAUUGUUGGCAUUGACUUUACAAAGAGCAAUGAGUGGACAGGUGCUAAGUCAUUCAAUAGACGAAGUCUACAUCACAUUGGAAAUGAUCCAAACCCCUAUGAGGAAGCAAUAUCAAUUAUUGGAAAAACUAUAUCUGCGUUCGAUGAGGAUAAUUUGAUUCCAUGUUAUGGAUUUGGAGAUGCAUCAACCCAUGACCAGGAUGUCUUCAGUUUCUACGAUGAUGACAGAUACUGCCAAGGAUUUGAGGAAGUUCUCUCACGUUAUAGAGAGUUGGUUCCCCAAUUACGGCUAGCAGGGCCAACCUCGUUUGCUCCCGUUAUUGAAAUGGCCAUGACUAUAGUCGAACAAAGUGGUGGACAAUAUCAUGUUUUGCUGAUUAUUGCUGAUGGACAGGUCACAAGGAGCGUUGACACACAGCAAGGAAACCUUAGCCCACAAGAGCAAAAGACAAUUGAAGCAAUAGUCCAAGCAAGUGCAUAUCCCCUGUCAAUAGUUCUGGUUGGAGUGGGAGAUGGGCCAUGGGACAUGAUGAGAGAGUUUGAUGAUAACAUCCCUGCUCGGGCUUUUGAUAACUUCCAAUUUGUGAAUUUCACUCAAAUCAUGUCAAAGAAUGUGGACACGUCGAAAAAGCAAACCGAAUUUGCGCUCUCAGCCUUAAUGGAAAUACCUUCUCAAUAUAAAGCUACUCUUGAACACGGCAUAUUGGGCCGUAGAACUGGACAUUGUCCGGAGAGGGUUUGCCUUCCUCCACCUCAAUACAAUGCUGCAUCUGGACGCAUUGGCUCAAAAUCGUUUUCCCGCACAAGCAGUUUUCAGAAGAGUUCUCCAGCUUAUCCUCAUCCAGGAGCUGGACUUGGCACAAGUUCAUCUUCAACUCCUGCUUAUAGUAGCACUGCCCCACCCUCAGCCUCUGCUUAUAGUAGCACCGCUCCUCCCUCAACUUCUACUUAUGAAAAUCAGCUUUGUCCUAUAUGCAUCACCAGUCCUAAGAAUAUGGCUUUCGGUUGUGGGCAUCAGACAUGCUGUGAUUGUGGAGAGUUUCUGGAUGCUUGCCCAAUUUGCCGACGUUCAAUUGAGACCAGAAUAAGGCUGUACUAAAAGAUUUUCAACAUUUUUGAAAGUCUUUUAGGUGGUAGUACGUACUAGCUUGAGUAGCCGUAUCCCAUUAGUUUUUCUAGAGGUGGUGAGUAUCUUAUUUGGUUUUUCCGUACAACUAAAGUCGUCAGAAUCGUCAUCGUUAUGGAAGAAACCUGUUUCUUGUCUAUGCAGUUAUGUGAGAGUGGAGAAACUGUCAGCAAGCAGCCCAACGACAGACGGGGUGCUAAUGCAUUGUGUUGAGUAGGUCGGUAGGAGUAGUUUUGGUGGAAAAUAUUGGGAGUAUUUUUGUAAAGUUAUUUUUUUAUCUGUUUGUUAUUUAUGGUUACUUUCUUCUCUCUGCAGAUCUAAUAAUCCCCACUUCCUGUAUGCAGUAAUUUGACUGAUUGUUGACAAAACCACAUUAUUGAUGUAAAUACUAGUUUUCUUUCAUGA